AUGAGAAAAAAAUCCAUCAUAAAGAAGGCAAGAUUUUUAUCACAAGCAGAAGAAACAUCUUGUAUAUUAGAACAGCAAAAUAGUAAAACAAAAGGAAAUGAAGAUAACUCCCCUAGUGAAACAAGUAAGCUCAAAACAGAAAUUGAAUCAUUUAUGGAUGAUACUGGUAAUGAACUUCGAUUUUAUCUUGAAGACAAUAAUAUUAGGAAUGACACAGAAAAAUGUAAAAAGGCAUCCUCAUACAUAAAUUGGAGAGGAAUGGACUAUGUUAAUUUGCUAUUAAAUGAAAAAGAAAAAUAUAAUAUCUCAUGUCUUGUUGAAAAAUGGAAAGAGAAACAAAAUUCUUUUCAAACAAGUAUAGUUCAAAAAACAAAUUCAGCAUGUAAUGAAAAAACGUUUGAUUAUUGUGCUAUUUUGAAUAAAAAUGAUAAAUGCACUAGACCUUAUGAAUAUAAUGAUCUACCAGUAUCCACAUCAUUAACAUACGAACAACUCAAGGAAGAUACUUAUAGUACUAAUAAAACUCAAAUUAUUGAAGAUAGACGGUUAAGCUUUCUCAAUAUUACUAAUGAUAUGUCUGAUUACUAUUACAGAAUGUAUGAAUAUAACAAAUCUCCACGUAAUUGUGGAAAGUGGAGUAUGUAUAUAUAUAAGAGAGGAAAACAAUUUGUUAAUAUGGCGGAAAAUGAAUUAUAUGAAAAUCAAUUAUAUGUAAAUCAUUCUAUUAAAAUAUGGAAUGAUCAUAGUAAUACCUUGCAAAAUAUUGAAUUAAGAGACACUGGUAUUCAAUGUAAUAUGACAACAUUAAUUCAUCAAAUUAAAGAGAGACAAAAUACAGAUGACCCAUAUAAUUUAGAUUGGCUUUCUUCAAAUAGCACUCAAAAUGAAUCUAAUGAAACUUCAAAUAAUACAACUACAUUACCAGAUGCCUUGCAACCUACAAUUGUAACUCCUAAUGAAUUACAUGAUACUACUACAGGUUCAUUGGGUAACAAUACGACUAGUGUUAAUAAUGUAAAUGGUGCCAGUCCCUCUGAAAAUACAUUAACAAGCGACACUUCAGUAACACCAGUUGCUGUAGAUCAAACUUCCCCAGAAGCUGCAAUCACAGUUUCUCCAGAAAACUCAACACAAUCCAAUUCUUUAACUCCAAAUAAAACAAUACAUCCUAAUACUAAUACUACAUCUGACACAACCUCAUCAUCACAUUCCCCUGAGGUUGUAGCAUCUCCUGCAACUUCUUUACCUUCUGAAACUGUAACUUCUGUAAAUAAAAUUACAUCUACAAAUUGCAAUUCAUCUGUUACAAAUGAUACUGCUACAGAUUCAAUGGAUAUCAAAACGACUAAUGUUAAUAACGUAAAUGGUACCAAUGGCUCUGAAAAUACAUUAACAAGCGACACUUCAGUACCAACAGUUGCUGCAGAUCAAAUUUUCCCAGGAACUGCAUUAACAAUUUCUCCAGAUAACUCAACACAAUCCAAUUCAUUAACUCCAAAAGUUACAAUACAUUCUGAUACUAAUACUAUAUCUAACACAACCUCAUCAUCACAUUCUCCUGAGGUUCCAACAUCUCCUGCAACUGAAAUAUUACCUUCAAAUUCUACUACAAGUAGUGGCACACCUUCAGUUACACCUUUACAUGGAGAAAUAUCUCCUACAGCGACUAAUGAAUAUUCUACUACUACGGCUGAGUCAUUGGAAAAUAAUAUUACACCUUCUACAACACCAACUAAAUCUCCUGAAACUUCUUUACCUUCUGAAACUGUAACUUCUGUAAAUAAAAUUACAUCUACAAAUGGCAAUUCAUCUGUUACAAAUGAUACUGCUACAGAUUCAAUGGAUAUCAAAACGACUAAUGUUAAUAACGUAAAUGGUACCAAUGCCUCUGAAAAUACAUUAACAAGAGACACCUCAGUACCACCAGUUGCUGCAGAUCAAAUUGCCCCAGAAACUGCGACCGCAAUUUCUCCAGAAGAUUCAACACAAUCCAAUUCUUUAACUCCCAAAGUUACAAUACAUCCUAAUACUAAUACUAUAUCUAACACGACCUCAUCAUCACAUACCCCUGAGCUUGUAACAUCUCCUGCUACUGAAACAUUACCUUCAAAUUCUACUACAAGUAGUGGCACACCUUCAGUUACACCUUCACCUGGAGAAAUAUCUCCUACAGCAACCAAUGAAUAUUCUAAUACUACUAUGAAGAUAUUUACAAAUAAUAUUACACCUUCUACAACAUAUACUAAAUCUCCUCCAACUUUAUCAUUACCUUCUGAAACUGUAACUUCUGUAAAUAAAACUAUAUCUACAAUUGGCAAUACAUCUGCUACAAAUGUUACUGCAUCUCCUUCAAUUGAUCCUAUUUCUUCUUCUGAUAUUACACCUUCUCUUACAACUAUGACUACGACGCCUACAGAUGAUUCU